AAUCAGGAGGAGCGCGCAGCCGGAUGUGGCGGUUGGGUGGCCUGGCGGCCGCGCUCGUCCACCACAUGAAGCGCCGGUUUUACUACGCGGUGCGGGCGGGGAGGAGCCCGGGGGUGUACGGGACCUGGGAUGAUUGUAAAAAGCAAGUCGACAAAUUUCCUAAUGCCAGUUUCAAGAAGUUUGCAACAGAAGAUGAUGCAUGGGCUUUUGUAGGUACUGCAGCUACAAGUUCACAAUCUGCAUCAACAGAAUGCAGUGGCCAAAGUAAGACUACUGAUGAGUCUGAACUACAGAACUCUAGUGGGGAAAAACAUUCACACAGUUUGUCUGAUGAUGACAAUGGGCCAUCCAGCAAAAGAUUCAGAAGUACAAAACCAUUCAUUGACUUGGAACAGAAGUUCACAUAUAUGGGAGACGCUGUUGCAGUUUAUACUGAUGGCUGCUGUUCAAGUAAUGGGCGGAAACAAGCUCAAGCUGGCAUCGGUGUGUACUGGGGACCUGGUCACUCUCUAAAUUUGAGUGAACGACUUUCAGGAAGACAGACCAACCAAAGAGCAGAAAUAGUUGCAGCUUGUCGGGCAAUUGAACAGGCAAAGGAACUCAAUAUUGAAAAACUGGUUAUUUUUACUGAUAGCAUGUUUACAAUUAACGGUAUUACAAAGUGGAUUAAAUCUUGGAAGACUAAUGGUUGGAAGCUUAGUUCGGGAGGAGCUGUAAUCAACAAAGAGGACUUCGAAAGACUUGACAAAUUGACUUCUGGUAUCAAUAUUGAAUGGAUGCAUGUACCAGGUCAUGCUGGUUUCACAGGAAAUGAAGCAGCAGACAGUCUUGCAAAGGAUGGAGCAUCCAAGCCGCUAUGCUGAUGAUCGCUGACAAGAAUGCACCAUCUAGUUUACCAGUUCUGCAAAGGUGCAAGCCUGAAGUGUGUGUGUCAAGCAAACUUAAUUUAAUCUUUUUUUGGUAAAACUUCAUAUUAUUGACUUAAAUACUGCAGGUAUUGCUGACAGUUCUUUAACCUUGUAUUAAUGGAGAGUUUGACCACUGUCACAUCCUACAUUGGCAAUUCAUAUUUGUUGAUUGUGGUGGCCAUUAUUUUCUGGUGAUUGAUUCAAAUUGUAGAUCGCAUAUCUGAAUUUCCAAUAUCCACUGCUAUUGUGCAAGAUUUCAUAUUAAUAAUAUAAUCAGAAGUAUGAAGGUUAGUUUUAACUAGGAUAGCAAACUUAUUUUCUCAGUCUCUCUGGGCUGCAUGGUCUCUAUUUAGGAGGCAUUCUGCUAAUUUUCUCUGAGACUCUCACUGCUCAUUUGAGGUAAGCAACAACUAAUAAGAGCAUUUUUACCUCAAUUCCCUUGGUGCCUGCAUGACAAAUGUUUUCACGUCAACGUGGCUUCCGGGAUUCGAGCCUGUUUCCUUUCUCCUUUUAUCACAGUGCAUCAUAUGUUAAGAGUGUUAGAUUAAGGUGCUCUGAAAGAAAAUGUGCAUUGUAAUUAGUUUUCAUCCAUUGACUUGAACUGUUGAGGUGCAGUUUUUUAAAUCUGGAUCAGUGUACAAGAAGUCAUAGUCUAAAUAAGUUAUGCUUAUAAUUUUUGGUACUAUUAAUUUUGAUAACCAUUUGCAUUGAGUUUAUUUUAGUAAGCAGUUUUGCUGCAGGAAUGCAUUUGUACAUAAACAAAUCACACAGGUUGAGUUGAUUUGUCUGUUUAGUGUGCAAGAUAUUUCAUUUCAAGGUGGAGAAACUGGCCAGACCAAGAUAGUCAAUUAACUUAUUUUGUGCAUAUAAUUGUUUUGUAAAACUAAGAUUGUACUGAAUAAAUUCUGUUCUAUUUUUUGUACAUCUUGAGGGAGUUUUUGCUCUCUUCAGAAACCCAAUAACAAUGAAAUAACUUGAGAACACAUUCUACUUUCAUUGCCUUAGAUAUUUCUGAGACAAUUGAAAUUUAAUGCUUUUUAACUCAAAGAAAAAAUGUACUUUUUGUUAUUAGUUUUCAUGCAUUGGCUUGAAAGCUGUCUUCCAGUACAGGUUCUUUUGAUUUUAACAAGAUGGGAAGAUAUCUGCAAAUUUUUAAUUGGAUUAACUUGACACAAUAUACAGUUAAAAUCUGAUUUAGUCAAUUGGAUUUCUGACCAAUGCAAAUUAAAUGUAUGCUGAUGUUGGAGCUAACUCCUCAACCUUUUUUAUCAUGGGCAAACGUAUCACUGGUUAUGUGCAUUUAUAGCAUUUAGCUUGAAUUUAAAGGUCCCUGGUCCUUCAAUUCUGGAAUCCACCACUGAUUCUAGCAUUUAGGCAUCCAAAACAGUUUUUUUUCCAAAUUUAUUUAGUGACAUUCUCUGGAAUGGUUCUGCCUGGGUUGGGGAAUUUUCAGUGAUAUGCUACAAAUGCAGGGAAUGAAGUCAUUCUAUGGAAGCAAGGAAGGAAAACCUGCUGCAGUCAUGGCAGGUUUCUUGCAGGUGAUUCCUCAAACAAGACCUGUUUCUUCAUCCUCCAUUGGAAAAUGUUGCCCUCUUCCACCCCACAUCCUCAGCAGGAUUUGAGACUUUGCCCAUCAAAAUCACUUCUACCUCAUCAGAUAUGUAUCCUCAUGUAGUUGACCUCUGCUGGUGUUUGUAGUAAUUAUAUUGCAGUUGGGGCACUCCAUUGAGGUUGCAGACAGAAAUAAAAGUAAGCCCCUAGAUAGAGUUAGGAAGUUGUUAAGACAAACAGUACAAAUGAGUUAAAUCAGCAAGGUCAGCAAUUCAACCAAAAAAUUUAAGUUAGUUUCACCCCUGCAUGUGGACCAUGUGGAAGGUAUUUCAGUGGAAGUUUCUUUAGUGUUGUUAGCUUGGCUGAGUUUUUCCCAGUAGCUUCAAAUGCAUUUGUUUUUAGCAUGAAUUAUUAUAGGUUCAUGGCACCACUGCCUGCAGGUCAGUUUUUCUUUUAGACACAAACAGAAAUAUUGAAUGCAUGAAUAGAAUAAACAUUGAUUUGAGUAUAUGCAACUAAUGAUAAUGAGAUCUGGAAGUCCAUUGUUCCUUUUAAAUGAAGAGCCCUUGAAAUCUUGCAGUACAAAUCCUUGGAAUUGAAGUGAAAUGACAGUGGUUUAUAAGCAAAGGAAACACUCGGUGCCUAGCACAGAGAUGAUGAGAGAAAGUGAGAGAUGGAUUGAGCUAAAUGCUCAUUGACAAUAAAAGUUAUGGUGGGGAAUAAGUUCAGAAUAUGGUUACAGGCAACCCACCCUGGUGUUAUGGCUGUUGGGUAAUGGAAAUUCAUCCUUGUGGAAUUCACAAAUCAAUACCUAAAAAUUUGAGAUGAGGAAUAAAAUUUUCUCUUAUAUAAUUUACUAUGGGGUGGGGAAUUUAAAUAAAUGCAAAAGAAACAAA